GUGAGAUUUUAGGCUUUACCAUUACCACUAUAAGUAUUUACCUCAUCAUAAGGCUAAAAACUUUAGUCUUGAUUAUUAUUUAUUAUUGUUAUUGUUUAAAUAUUAAGUUUGAAGUUAGGACAUCCAACGUUGUAAUAAUUGUUUUUGAGUAACGUUUAUAUUUAUUAAACAAAAUGUCAGACAGAGAAUCCAGCCCAGAACCGUUUGACGAGGCUGGGUUUGACGGCGCCGAUACUUCUCCUGUUCGCAAUUUCAACGAUGAAGUAUUGAGUGAAGGUGAUGUAUUGAGUUUAAGUCAAUUUGAUGACCCCGAAGAAGAAGACGGGGAAGAACUAUUCGGAGAUAACUUGGAACGUGAUUACCGCCCAAUACCAGCGCUUGAUCGUUAUGACGGUGAAGAGUUAGAUGAAGACGAUUAUGACUCCAUGAGCCCAGGGGCAAGAGCUGCGGCCGAAAGAGAAUUACAAAGACGUGAUAGAGAAGAAGGCACAGGUCGAAGAGAUGCCGAUGACAUUCUGUAUGACGAGCAUGAUUUGGACGAUGAGGGUUCUAAAAGAAAACGUCGAAUGGCUGAGAGAGCUGCCACUGGUUUUAUCGACGAUGAUGCUCCUGAUGAAGAAAUGAUCGAGUCUAUUGAGAAUUUACAAGACACAAAAGGGCACUCGGUUUCCGAGUGGGUAGCUAUGCUUGGUCCGAAAACUGAAAUUGCGAACCGCUUCAAAAACUUUUUGAGGAACGAUGUUAACGCGAGUGGCGCUUAUGUGUAUAAAGAAAAAAUCAGGCGCAUGUGUGAGAGCAAUUUGUGUAGUUUAGAAGUAGAGUUUACCAAUUUGGCAAACAAGCAGCACACUUUAGCGUUGUUCUUGCCAGAAGCUCCUUCAGAAAUGAUAAACAUUUUUAAUGAAGUCGCUAAAGAUUUGGUUAUAACCAUGUAUCCUCAAUACCAACGUGUCACAUCCGAGAUAUUUGUGCGCAUCACUGAUUUACCGUUAAUUGAAGAAAUUCGGACUUUUAAAAAAAUCCAUUUGAACCAGCUAGUCCGGACUCGUGGUGUAGUAACAUCGACUACUGGGGUGUUACCACAACUUAGUUUAAUUAAGUACGAUUGUUCAAAAUGUGGGUAUGUGAUGGGUCCAUUUACACAAUCUCAAAGUCAAGAAGUGAAACCGGGUUCAUGUCCAGAAUGUCAAAGCACCGGACCAUUCAUGGUGAAUAUGGAGCAAACCGUGUACCGCAACUAUCAAAAAAUUACAAUACAAGAGUCUCCCGGAAGCAUACCGCCCGGUCGUAUACCUCGUAGCAAAGACUGUAUAUUAUUAGCGGAUUUGUGCGAUCAAUGUAAACCCGGGGACGAAAUUGAUGUUACUGGAAUUUAUUCAAAUAGUUAUGAAGGGUCAUUGAACACCGGCAAUGGCUUUCCAGUAUUUGCAACGGUUAUCAUGGCAAAUCAUUUGAUUGUAAAAGAUAACAAACAUAUAGUCGAUUCGUUAACUGAUGAAGACGUUUCGCAAAUAUUGAAGUUGGCUAAAGAUCAUAAAAUCGGAGACCGAGUCGCCGCAUCGAUUGCUCCAUCAAUUUAUGGACACGAUUAUAUCAAGAAAAGUUUAGCAUUGGCUUUGUUUGGCGGAGAACCAAAAAAUCCAGGUGAUAAACAUAAACUAAGAGGAGACAUUAACGUACUGUUGUGUGGAGAUCCUGGAACAGCCAAGUCUCAGUUUUUGAAGUAUGUCGAAAAAGUAGCGCCUCGAGCUAUUUUUACCACAGGCCAAGGAGCUUCAGCAGUAGGUCUAACGGCCUACGUCAAACGUGACACACAAAGCAAGGAAUGGACAUUAGAAGCUGGUGCACUCGUUUUAGCCGAUCAAGGCAUUUGUAUUAUUGACGAGUUUGAUAAGAUGAAUGAUCAAGAUAGAACUUCUAUUCAUGAAGCUAUGGAACAGCAAAGUAUAUCCAUCUCAAAAGCCGGUAUUGUCACUUCACUCCAAGCCAGGUGUUCUGUCAUGGCGGCGGCUAACCCGAUCGGUGGUCGUUAUGAUCCUGCCAUGACGUUUUCAGAAAACGUUAAUUUGUCUGAACCCAUCAUGUCGAGGUUUGAUGUCCUUUGUGUUGUACGUGACGAAGUAGACCAAGCUAAAGAUUGUCAGCUUGCCACAUUUGUGGUCCAGUCCCACAUGCGUAAUCAUCCACUCAACAAAGACAAACAGUGUGACAUAAGGAACCCAUUUUCUACCACCGAUGUAGAACAAAUACCUCAAGACCUGUUGAAAAAGUACAUCGUUUACGCCAAGCAAAACAUUCAUCCUAAACUUCAUCGAAUGGAUCAGGACAAAGUGGCCAAAAUGUACAGCCAAUUACGACAAGAAUCGAUGAUGACUGGAAGUUUGCCCAUUACAGUUCGUCACAUUGAGAGUAUGAUUCGAAUGGCCGAGGCUAACGCUAAAAUGCAUUUAAGAGAUUACGUCCAAGAAGACGAUGUCAAUAUGGCCAUACGUAUUAUGUUGGAGUCUUUCAUUGAGACUCAAAAGUAUAGCGUCAUGAAAACUAUGAGAAAAGCAUUCCAAAAAUAUUUGUCGUUCAAAAAAGACAUCACGGAACUUUUAUACUUUAUAUUACAUCAAAUGGCUACUGAUCAAUUAGCAUACAUUAGAGGAAUACACGGUGUUACAGUCAACACGAUUGAAAUACACGAAAAAGAUUUCAAAGAUAAAGUGAAGCAAAUAGAUGUGCACGAUCUCAGACCGUUUUUCGAGAGCAAAUUGUUCAAAAAUAAUAACUUUGUUUAUGAUGAAAAAAGACAUAUGAUAAUUCAAACAUUACUUGUCAAUGAAUAAUGUGCUUACAUAUCAUUAAAUUUUAACUUACAACUAAGAGGUUGAAUGAAACACAGUUUUUACAACAUACUGUAUGUAUUCAAAUUUAAAUGUUCAUAAAUUCUUUUUUUUUUUUAUAAAUAUAAAAAGUAUAAAUGCUUUUUAUUUUUUUUAUGUUAAAAGUUGUAAAAAUGUUUUAUUUAUAUUCCAGUGUCAAAUAUUGUACGAUUUAUUUUUAUACCUAUCUUCAAACAACA